UUAUAAGGCAAAUGUUCGACUUGAUAAAAAAACACGGUCGCCCAGUAUUCGCAAGUCGCGAUGCAGUUAUUUAUCUGUUCAAUAGUUUCAGGUACCUGGGUAUUAACCCGCCGAAUAAGUAUCGUAUUCCAUAUUUCUUUUACUCGUUCAUUACCUGUUUUAUCGUACUCUUCUCGCCGGUUAUUUGCAAUGUUGGUUGGUUGCGCGAUCGCAAUAAGCUAUCUGUUAUGGAAAUAUUAACUUGCGUACAAGCCUCAUUAAAUGUACUUGCUAUACCAAUUAAAAGCAUCGCUUUGGCAAUGUCAAAAAAUCGUCUUCGUGACAUUGAACCUAUAGUAACGGAACUGGAUAAGUAUUAUACACGAUCUGAGGAUAGGGAAAAAAUACGUAAAUGCGGCAUAACUGGUAAUCGACUAGUUUUUGGAUUCGCGGUUGCAUACUUCACGUAUGAAAUAUUGACUGUUGUGGCCGCAUUAGUGGGUGGACAUGCACCGAUAUCGUUCUGGAUUCCGAAUGUUGAUUGGCAUAGAUCUUCAUGGGAGUAUUGGCUACAAGUUAGCUAUGAUAUAUUUUUACUUUUAUUACUGCUAUAUCAUCAAGUAUUAAACGACUCAUAUCCGGCCGUUUAUAUAUAUAUUAUACGUACACAUAUACAGCUUUUAGCAGUUCGCGUCGAACGUUUGGGUUAUGAUGAGAAGAAAAGUGUUGAUGAUAAUUAUAAAGAGCUAUUAGAAUGUAUUGUUAUACAUCAGGAAAUACUGAAGGUUGCCAGCAUUGUUGAGCCCAUUAUGUCUGUGACUGUAUUCACUCAGUUUAUUGUAGCUGCGGCUAUACUUGGCGUCACGAUGAUUAACAUUUUCAUUUUUGCUGAUCUUACGACUAAAAUUGCUUCUGUCACGUAUUUUUUCUGUGUACUCCUUCAGACAUCGCCGACAUGUUACCACGCGUCAUAUUUGUUGGCUGAUUGCGAUGAGUUGCGCCUGGCUAUUUUUAAAUGCAAUUGGGUUGACCAGAAUAAACGUUUUAAUAAUUUGUUAAUCUACUUUUUGCAUCGUUCUCAGGAUUCCAUUCCCCUUUUCGCCAUGAAAUUAGUGCCGAUAAAUUUGGCCACUAAUUUGUCGAUUGCAAAAUUUUCUUUUACACUUUUUACUUUCAUACAAGAAAUGGGUCUUGGUGAGAAUCUAAAGGUGUCGACGAUUAAAAAAUCUGCACCUAGUAGCUUCUGCAAUAAAAGUUGUAAGGGGAAUACUCUAUGUUUUUCAGAAUAGCAAGGAAUGUAAAAAUCCCAUUGAGAACGCCCCAUUGAAAACGCAACCUGAAAAGAAACAACAAUAAGUAGCUGAUACAGGUUCGCAUUUGACUACUUGCUUGGUUGAAAAACAAAAACAAAUACUGGUUUUGUCAAUAUUUUCUUGUAUGUGCAAUUCGUGUACCUUACUAAUGUUGGAAAACAUAGAG